AUGAAGCUUACUCUCAGUGUCUUCAGUGCGCUCGCAUUCAUCGUGGUUCUUGCUACAGCACACCCCGUGCAAGAUGCCAACGCUAAGCGUUCCUCUGUAGAGGAGCGCAAGGGAAUUCACGCUGAUGACUUCAACUACCGCAACUACGAAGUCAACGCUGAUGACUACAAUUACGGCUCGUACAAGAACGGGAAGCGCAAGGAAGUUCAUGCCGAUGACUUCAAAUACAGCGAUUACGAAGUCAACGCUGAUGACUUCAAUUACGGGUCGUACAAGAACGGGAAGCGCAAGGAAGUUCAUGCCGAUGACUUCAAAUACAGCGAUUACGAAGUCAACGCUGAUGACUACAAUUACGGGUCGUACAAGAACGGGAAGCGCGGGGAGCUUGAUGCCGAUGAUUUCAACUACAGAAAUUACGAAGUCAAUGCUGAUGACUUCAAUUACCGCUCAUACAAGAACGGUGCUGGAAGGAAACGCGAGGAACUUGAUGGAUGA